CCGCCCCAGCGCAGCAGCCGCCGCCGCCGCUGCCUCGGAGACAGGGACGAAGAGCGGGGGCAGACGGACGCACUGCGGAGGGGCCGGCAGGUUGUGCCCGCGGAAACCUCGCCGGGGUCUCCCCUUCCCCUCUGAGCGCCCUCCUGCCGGCGCCCCCCAGGAAUCCCCCCCUCGACGACCCCCCCCCCUCCUUUGCCUUCCCUCCCCCCUCUCCUCCGCUCCCUCCCCUCCCCUCCCUCCCCAUCACGGCCCCGGCCAUGACUGAGGCGGAUGCCGGUGCCGCCGUUGCCGCCGUUGCCGCCGCCGCCGGGGGGGUGUCCGCUUCCCAGAAAGUAGCUUGAUGAGUGUCCAAAGUAGCAGUGGAAGUUUGGAGGGGCCGCCAUCUUGGUCCCAGCUCUCCACGUCUCCAACCCCGGGCUCGGCGGCGGCAGCGGCAGCGGCAGCGGCAGCCAGGUCCCUGCUGAAUCACACGCCGCCAUCCGGGAGGCCCAAGGAAGGUGCAAUGGAUGAGCUUCACAGCUUAGAUCCAAGAAGGCAAGAAUUAUUGGAAGCUCGAUUUACAGGAGUUGUAAGUGGAAGUACUGGGAGCACUGGAAGUUGCAGUGUUGGAGCUAAAGCCUCAACAAAUAAUGAAAGUUCUAAUCACAGUUUUGGAAGCUUGGGAUCUCUAAGUGAUAAAGAAUCAGAGACUCCAGAGAAGAAACAGUCAGAGCCAUCCAGAGGAAGAAAAAGGAAAGCAGAAAACCAAAGUGAAAGCAGUCAGGGAAAAAGUAUCGGAGGACGUGGUCUCAAAAUUAGUGACUAUUUUGAAUAUCAAGGUGGGAAUGGCUCCAGUCCAGUAAGGGGAAUACCUCCUGCUAUCCGAUCGCCUCAGAAUUCACAUUCACAUUCCACUCCUUCCUCCUGUGUUCGGCCGAAUAGCCCUUCUCCUACUGCAUUAGCUUUUGGGGACCACCCUAUUACACAACCAAAGCAGUUAUCUUUUAAAAUUAUUCAGACCGAUCUCACAAUGCUGAAAUUAGCUGCACUAGAAAGUAAUAAAAACCAGGACCUGGAAAAGAAAGAAGGUCGAAUAGAUGAUUUGCUCAGGGCUAACUGUGAUCUUAGACGUCAAAUAGACGAACAGCAAAAACUACUUGAAAAAUACAAAGAAAGAUUAAAUAAAUGCAUUUCAAUGAGUAAGAAACUCUUAAUAGAAAAGAGCACACAAGAAAAACUGGCAAGCAGGGAGAAGAGUAUGCAAGACAGACUCCGCCUUGGGCAUUUUACAACAGUUAGACAUGGUGCUUCAUUUACUGAACAAUGGACAGAUGGUUUUGCCUUUCAGAAUCUUGUGAAACAACAAGAAUGGGUCAAUCAGCAAAGGGAGGAUAUUGAAAGGCAGAGAAAACUCCUGGCAAAGAGAAAGCCACCGACUACUAAUAAUUCUCAGGCACCUUCUACCAAUUCUGAACCAAAACAAAGGAAAAACAAAGCUGUCAAUGGAGCAGAAAAUGAUCCUUUUGUUAGACCUAAUUUACCACAACUGCUGACUUUAGCAGAAUACCAUGAACAAGAAGAAAUUUUCAAACUUAGACUAGGACAUCUCAAAAAGGAAGAAGCAGAAAUCCAGGCAGAACUUGAACGUUUGGAAAGAGUCAGAAAUCUUCACAUACGAGAACUCAAAAGGAUAAACAAUGAAGAUAAUUCACAGUUUAAAGAUCAUCCCACAUUAAAUGAACGAUACUUGUUACUUCAUCUACUUGGUAGAGGUGGCUUUAGUGAAGUAUAUAAGGCUUUUGACCUUUAUGAACAAAGAUAUGCUGCUGUGAAGAUCCACCAGCUUAAUAAGAGCUGGAGAGAUGAGAAGAAGGAAAACUACCACAAACAUGCCUGCAGAGAGUAUAGAAUACACAAAGAACUGGACCACCCCAGGAUAGUUAAACUAUAUGAUUAUUUCUCCUUGGAUACAGACACGUUUUGUACAGUGUUAGAAUACUGUGAAGGCAAUGACUUGGAUUUCUAUCUCAAACAACAUAAAUUAAUGUCAGAGAAGGAAGCUAGGUCCAUUGUUAUGCAAAUCGUAAAUGCACUAAGAUAUCUCAAUGAGAUCAAACCUCCUAUUAUCCAUUAUGAUCUUAAACCAGGAAAUAUCCUUUUAGUAGAUGGAACAGCAUGCGGAGAAAUCAAAAUUACUGAUUUUGGCCUGUCCAAAAUUAUGGAUGAUGAUAGUUAUGGCGUGGAUGGAAUGGAUCUAACUUCUCAAGGGGCAGGGACUUAUUGGUAUUUACCUCCAGAGUGUUUUGUAGUUGGCAAAGAACCUCCAAAGAUUUCCAACAAGGUUGAUGUAUGGUCUGUUGGAGUCAUCUUUUUUCAGUGUCUAUAUGGUCGAAAGCCAUUUGGUCACAACCAGUCUCAACAAGACAUCCUGCAAGAAAACACAAUAUUAAAAGCCACAGAAGUCCAGUUCCCUGUGAAACCUGUUGUAAGCAAUGAAGCCAAGGCUUUCAUAAGACGUUGUUUAGCAUACCGUAAAGAGGAUCGAUUUGAUGUCCACCAACUGGCUAAUGAUCCUUACCUUCUCCCGCACAUGAGAAGAUCAAAUUCUUCAGGAAAUUUACAUAUGGCUGGACUGACAGCCCCUACCCCCCCUUCUUCAAGUAUAAUUUCUUAUUGAUGUGACUCCAAGAAUGGCAUGAUGUCUUUCAAUUGUUUUCAAAUGCAGACUUAUUUGAGAGCAUCUGAGUGUUUUUUUACACAAGACAAGAUUGAAAACUUUUCAAACUGAAGUUCUUCUUUAGUGUAAUUUGUAUUCGAGUGGAUCAUGGACUGUGAAUAAAUGUACCCUUCUGACUGUAACCUUAACCAUUGAAGGAUCACUACCUCUUGUACACAGACAAGAGUACUGUGUUUAAGAGGGGAAAAUGGGCCUUGGGGGGCUUUUUUCGGGGGGGAGACAUUGUAAAUAACCUUUAUAAUACUUAAAUAAAUUUUUGGCUGAUACUGGAGAGUUCUAAUAUGAAGGGUAGUUUUUCAUUAUUUAAAUUCGUGGAGGAAAUAUCAGACAAAUUCUAACACAAGAACUACAGUGCCUGUGUCCAUGCAUUAGCCAUUCAGCAGGAAUUCUGCUGACACCAAAGUAAGAAGUGAGUGAUAGUUACCUUGUGUCAUGGAAUAACGGAAUAUCAUAAACUUUUUGAACAGAGUUAAACUUUGUUUUUUCCCUCUUUGGGCUUUUGCAGAGUUAUACCUCAAAACCAUAUAUCUUUUUUCCCAUUGGUUAUUUUGAAUGGUGAGUUACUCCUAGAUACUUUAACCCUUAAUUAAAUGAGCUGCAUAUUUUGAAAUCUUGUUGAAUUAGCUAAAUUGUACCAUUUGCUGUGUUUCCAAAAUGUUAGAAUUUUUAACAAGUGUUUCAUAAUUCAUUUCCUGGCCUUGUGAUGAAAAAGUAAAUGGCAGUAUGUAACCAAAUCCAGACCAGUUCUAUGCAGGAUAAUGAUCAAUUCCCUUCAAGUUCUAUUGUAAAUUGUUGUACAGAUGUGAUAUUUUCAAUUAUACACAAGUUUCAGCAGCUUAUUCUUGUAUAAAUGUUUAAAGUAUGGCUUUUUCUAAUUGGAUAUUGUAUUUUUUUUUAAGUCUUCUUGAAAGUGCUAUAAUUGCUGCUAAAUGAUGUUGCUUUUACCUUGGCAAAAAAAAAAAUGAAUGACCUCCUUAAGGUGCAAGUUGACUGUAAGUCAUGGAGAGAUAAUAAAAGUAGGCAAUUCAUUAACAAUCAAGGCAUGUAUAACUGAAUAUGUUGGACAUAUCAGCUCUUCUAAGUCAAUUUCUUGUGCUCUAAUCCUGUGGGCACAGAAUCUAGAUUUCAAAAUUGUUCGUGGUUAUUCUGCGUUUCUGGAAGGUUCCUAUUGGCAAGAAGGUGGGAAGGUAUUCCUAUAAAGAAAUGUUUCUUGUGGUUUGUCCAGAUGUGUUAAAAUGUGAAACAUUUUCCAACUGCCUUGUAUGGUAGAAGCUUUUUUUUUUUCUGUUUUUCUUUUCUUUUCAGGAUGCUGUAUUUCUCUCCUGUACAUUACUCCUUUUGCUGUCACAUUCAUGAUGCUGAAUACUUAUAUGUAAGUAAGUUUUGUCCAUGUUGCAGAAAAAGGAGGCUAUAUUUCCACAGGUUCUCAUUUAAUAUUGUACAUUUAAACUGUGGCUCUUGUUUUUAAUGUUGCAAGCCAUUUUGUUUUUCACUGUACAUAAACAUAUUAACUGUCUCUUUAAGAUGCUGCUGAAAUUGUAGAGAAUGUAGCCAAUAUAGUAAUAAACAAUGACAAUUGAAAUUUAAAGACUCUGUAACAUUAAAAUGGAAACUUCAAGAUUUUAGAUACUGAUUAACAUAGCUCCUUUGCCCAUAAAUAGAACGCCAGCUGCAAAGUGCUUCAAAAAUGCCCGACCAAGGUCAGAAUGUUUAAAAUGUGUACAGUCAUGGCAAAACUGAGGUAAGUGACACAGCAUUAUUCAGACAACAAGCAUUCAUUAAAGACCACUGUAUGCUUAUGCAAUGGGGAUAAAAAGAUAAAAUGAAACAGCUCCUUGGGUAAAGGCACACUUAAAUUUUUCUAGUCAUACAUAGGAGUGGCACCUGUCCUUUACAUGGAUUUAAGCAAAUGUCCUGUCAGGAAUGGUGAUGUGAUUAAGAAAAGUGA